GUUGGGGCAUGGGCGUUUCAGUUAGAGAAGCGGUACGCGAACUUUGCAACGCAGUUGGUUGGAACCAUAAGAGAUGACAUUCUAUGUUGUUCAAUUCUUGGAGCUGCCAUAUGAAGGAAUUAAUAAUUAUGUAUGCGUACCACACACUUGGGUAAUAUUAGGAAAAGUGCAAGAUGAGAAAGCUGUUAUUGCCUACCCUGCAGACGAAGAUCCUUCUCUUACAAGAGAUCGUGUAAAAAAAAAGGAAAGAUACAAUGAUGAGUGGAGAUUUUACAUGGCCAAAGUCAAAUAUCAGUCAGCUAAUUACCAAAUUGCAGAAAAUUGGAUAACUACCAGAAUUAAAUAUGAAUCUCGAUCAUUAAGAAUAAUUGCAAAUAAUUUAUUUGCAAUAGAAAUAGGAAAAAUACCCGAUACGCAGGGAGAAUCUACGUUGAACAUGAAUUCAGGGAGUGUUGCUCAAGGUCACUCGUCGACCUUUUAUAAUCCUCGGAAACAUCUGUUGAAAGAGCCAAUUAAGCGACCAGCGCUACCAGAACUUAAUCAACAAUCUAAUGGAAAACAGUUAAAAUUGAAUAGAUCUGCUCCGUCAUCUAGCACUUCGGUUACUGCCUCUAAGCCUGCCUCAGAGUCAAAAAAGGACCAGCCAACCAGUAUUCAAGUAAACCAACCUAUGAAACUCAUUCAGACUCAAGAAGCUGCUGCCGUUUCCAAGGGUACUGAACAAAGCAAAAAAGCUCUCAGUUUAAUUGUAAAAGACGUAAAUGAAACUCUAGAAGUUAUAGAAAUUAAUAACAGUUAUAACACACAAGCUCUCGAAACGACAAAUAAAAACAAUAGCAAGGCUGCCUCAGCGUCAGCCGAAAUACCUUCAACUUCAAACGAACGCACCUCUAAGCCGAAUCUGUAUAAUAAUCAAGAGCAUCAUUCAGACAGUGAAAGUUUACAAGCGAACUUCAGACCACAGAUAGUAAAUGUUCGAUCUCUGGCUAAUAUUCAUAACGAUGAUGAAGUUUGCGUUCUUGAUGUUUCAGACGAAACAGAAAGUACCACUAAUAAGGUACUAAAUCCGUCAAAUUCAAUGGACCAAAGCGGAUCUUCAUCAGCACAUUCAGUACAAUUAUCUGAGUAUACAGAUGAGGUGAACGCGAUCUCUCAAUCCCCUUCUCAAAAUCAUCAUCAUCUCGAAAGAAAUGCUAAUAGGGCAAGCAAAACCCAAUUGGCUUUAAAAAAUGCUUCAAAUUCAUCUGAAAUUCCAUCUGACGUACAAAUAUUAUCAAAUCCAUUAAAGCCGUUGCAUCAUAUUUCCAAAUUUCCACAACAGAGACCGUCGCCACCAAAUCAUCUAGACUCACAACGGAAACCGAAGAUAGCCAGAAUACCUAACAGAGUCUCGACCGAGCUACAAAAUGCAAGGAAAGCUACAAAAGUCAAAAAAGGAGAGCUGUCUUCUAUUCUGCCAAAUUUACUGAUAUCAGUACAACAAACGCUAUCAGCUACUAAUAAACACCUUCAAAAGCAACAACAAGUUCAAGCAAAACUGAAUGAACAAUCGACUGAAUAUAACAAUAGGGGUUUAAUAUCGAGUGUAAAAAAUAUCACUGGAUCAGUAACCAGCAAUAUAGAUCUAAACGUAACAGACAAUAAAGGUAAAAAAUGCGAGAGCGUGGUAGAACCUUUGUCGUCGUAUGUAACUUCGGAUUCCGAUGUAGUUACGGAUGAAGAAAUUUCAGAUGACAAAUUAUCUACAGACAGAGUACCUUUUGAGAGAAUUAAUGACAAUACUAGCACUGGUACCUCUUUUGCGAGCAGUUCUGCACAUACGUCAACAGCUGCUCAAAACGAUACAUCUCAUGCCAGAUCUAUUUUAGAGCUGAAAAUGUUGGAUCAUUUUGCUGAUAUGUACAAUACUUUACGGAGUUCUUUUCACGAAACAGCCCAGAUAUUUAAAAAGUUACUGGAUGCUGUCGAACAAUUUAACUCAGCGCAAAAUUCUGCAAGCAACGAAUCUUUUUCGAUUAGCCUGACACCAGAAGUCCGACAAUCUCCUGAUGAAAGACAUACUGAAGUGUCUGCAAGUAAUAUUUCCAUUAUGCAUGCAUGCAUCCAAGAUCAAAAAAGUAAUGACGAUGCAAACACACCACUGGAAAUAAACCACAAUUCACGGCGUUUUGUUCUACCACCGGAAUACGAUCGUAAUGAUACAAAAUGGACAUUGAAGUACAAAACACAUCGACCAGGGCUCGUAGAACUUGUGCCUCAGAGUGGUGUUUACGUCAGGUAUGAAGAUCUCAAAUACUGCUUGGAAGUAUCAAAGGACUGCAAAUCAUUAGCAAGACGAUUAUUAACAAUCGUAUUCAGAAGAAACGCCCUUAGUGUUUGUUUAUCAAUGACUGAAAGAAUGCAGGUUUCUAACAAUAUUGGUUCUAAUGCAAGGCCAGAAUUAGAUGAUCAUGCGUGUACGGUACUCUUAAAUUUCGUUCUAGAGCACGGAAUUCAACGUGGUUGGAAUACUGACUUAAACCCUAUACUCAGUAUGAUACAUAGUAAAAUUCGAGAAGUUCGGUUUAGAUACGGUGUCAUGGUUCAAUGCUAGUUACGAUGAUAUGUUUGUCAUAUG